AUGGCGGAAACGAUCGGCUCAGGUUCGUCAAUGACUGACAAAUCCGCCAAAAUCUUCGUCGCCGGUCACCGCGGUUUAGUUGGAUCCGCCAUCGUCCGCAAGCUCCAGGAGCUAGGCUUCACCAAUCUCGUCCUCCGAACACACGCCGAGCUCGAUCUCACUCGUCAAGCGGAUGUCGAAUCCUUCUUCGCUCAAGAGAAGCCGGUUUACGUGAUCCUCGCAGCAGCCAAAGUCGGUGGAAUCCACGCCAACAACACAUACCCGGCCGAUUUCAUCGGAGUCAAUCUCCAGAUCCAAACCAACGUGAUCCACUCCGCUUACCAGCACGGAGUGAAGAAGCUCCUCUUCCUCGGAUCCUCCUGCAUUUACCCGAAAUUCGCUCCUCAGCCGAUAACCGAGUCCGCGUUGCUAACCGGUCCGCUCGAACCGACUAACGAGUGGUACGCGAUUGCUAAGAUCGCAGGGAUCAAGACCUGUCAGGCGUACCGGAUCCAGCACGGGUGGGAUGCGAUCUCCGGUAUGCCGACGAAUCUCUACGGUCCCAACGAUAAUUUCCACCCGGAGAAUUCUCAUGUGCUUCCUGCUCUGAUGAGGAGGUUUCACGAGGCGAAAGUUAACGGAGCGGAGGAGGUUGUGGUGUGGGGAACAGGAAGUCCGUUGAGGGAGUUCCUGCACGUCGAUGAUUUGGCCGAUUCUUGCGUUUUCUUGCUGGACCGGUACAGUGGUUUGGAGCAUGUUAACGUUGGGAGUGGUCAGGAAGUGACGAUCAAAGAGUUGGCUGAGUUGGUGAAAGAAGUUGUUGGCUUUGAAGGGAAGCUUGGAUGGGAUAGUUCCAAGCCUGAUGGGACUCCGAGGAAGCUCAUGGAUAGCUCGAAGCUCGCGAGUUUGGGUUGGACGCCGAAGGUUUCUCUUAGAGAUGGUCUUCGUCAGACUUAUGAAUGGUACUUGGAGAAUGUUUGUGCAGCCAAGAAGUAA